AUGUCAACGAUAACCACCACCAAUCAGAUCUUCGCCUCUUCCAGGCGGAGGAAACCCUAUUCCGCCUCCGCAACCGCCGCCGAAUCGCCGGAAAAUCCCACACUCGCCGCCUCAAAAAGUCCCUCACGCCGAGUAUUAUUCACCGAACAAGACGAAAUCCACCUCCUCAAAGCCCUAAAACGAGCCAACAAACUCUCCUCCUCCGCCGUCGCCUCUCCUCCGCCACCGCUCUCCGGCGUCAUCGGCGGCGAUUUCAGCGACGUCCAAAUAACGGACAAGCUCCGGAGGCUCCGGCAACGGUACCACAAGCUGGCGAGGACUAAGUCCCUGAUGAAGACCCCUCGGGAUCGCAAGAUUUACGAGAUGGGACGCAAGAUCUGGGGAAAGAAGUUGAAAAAUUCGAGGAGAGAGUCGAAGAGCGUUGAAGAUGGUGGGUUUGAGGGGGAAGUGGAUUUGAGUGAUUUUCCGGCUCUGUUGAGGGAAGUUUCUGGGAUUUUCCCGGAAAAUAGGGUGUACAGAGAGGGGUUGGAGCGUUUGGGGAGAGAGAAACUGAUGAGUUUGAAUGAGAAAUGGAUGGUGCAGAGGAUGGAAGAGGCUGGGCUUCUGGCAAAGAAGGCUGAAUUGUUCUAUGAACAAACCAAACUGGAAUUACAAUCAUCUGUUGUAUCAAUGUAG